AUGGACGGCACCGCUCCCGGCAGCAGCGGCGGCGGCUUACGGGUCGGCAAACUGCUGCCAAAGGGUUUAUCAACCAAGAGGAGGCGCAGGAAGGGGAAGACCGGACGGGACUCGGAGGCAUCGGGUCCAGACGAAGACACGCGCAGCACCAGCCCACACAGCGCUCGGCGGCGUUUCAGGCGCGAACUGACGCUCGAGAGCGACGAUGCCAACUCGACCAACUCGACCAACAUGGCCGACGACGACGACAGAAGCUUCGGGUCCUUUGAGUCCGGCGCAGACGCAGAGACGGCUGAUCGGGCAAGACCCGCAUCGAGCUCUGCUCCAGCUCGACCCGCAACAAUAUCCGCUCACCCGUCUCUCAUCGGCUACUUGACAACGUCAUCACCCGUGGUCCAAACUCAACAUUUGGACUCGCAGUCUCACUUCCUCCUGUCUUCGCCUCCGGACCGCGGCAGUUCCAGCGGCAGUAGCGACAAGUCCUUGUCGCCGAAACAGCUGCCCAAAGCUCAGGGCGCUCCCGGCGUCCAGAACUCGAUCCCCGAACCUCCUGCGCCGGCCAAAAUAGUUCCCGCCGUCCGAAGGGGUAGGGCAGUGGCACCUAAAAUCGAAACCAAUCCUCCCCGUACGCCUCCUCGAGACGAUCAACCUGCUCCUGUAAUCGUCAAUACCCCCCCAACUCCAAUAGACCGAACCGAUUCUUCGCAACUCGCAACGUCCCCGGACGGCAAGCCGACGGCGAAUGGGGCUAACCCUAGACGAAGAGCGGAAGGAAGUGCUGCUGCGUCGAAUAUGAACAUCCACACGAGAAGCAAAUCUGGCUCUGCAGCAAUUGGUCCUAGCAAGCUCUCUCAUAUUACGGCCGCGCCAUUGACGCCCACCGACGACACUGGUGGAGAGAGCACCGCAAAUGCUACUUCCGGCUUCUUCUCCUCUGUGAUCUCUGCCGCUCAGAGCGCUGCCACCUCGAUUAGCAAUACGAUACCCAGCGGGGGACUCGGUAUUGGGGGCAAUAAAAGCCGCGUCAGCACACCAAAGUCUCUACACUCCCCAAAUGCUAGCCAAACAACCGUGAACUCGCAACCUGCACCUGAGCCAGAGCCGCGUAUCGAAGACACAAUGGACAGGAGAGAGUCUGCAGUUCGAACGCUAGGGUCGGGAGAUCUGAGCCUCAGCCAUCUCGGCCUGCCUGAUUCCUCAGUUGCAUCCCCUGCGAGCGCCAGAUUCGCCGACACCAGCGACAACAGGCUGAGAUCGGAGUCUGCUCCGACGGAGCCUCAGACCUCGGCCACGGACGCAGGACCCGCGGAACCGUCGAGUCGUCCCCGCUCCUUGGCCGAACCUACCACUGGGGAGCGGACCCCGUCGCAGGAGGACUUGACAGACCUCAAAGGGUCAAUUCACCGGUCGUCCAGUCUCAGAAGCGCAGUGAAACCUCGCAGAAAGAGAGGAAGCUCGGUGACAACAGGAGGAACUAUAGCUGCAGCGGUUACGUCUGCCAAUAAUGCCGCCCUUCCCCCCAGCGGCGGGUUAGGGGCACCCAAGUUGACGGGAUUCGCGAUUGCUAGCAAGAAACGAAACCGAGACUUUCAUAACCUCUUCAAGAGUGUCCCGGAUGAUGAUUACCUAAUUGAAGACUAUAGCUGCGCUCUUCAACGAGAGAUUCUGGCCCAUGGCCGACUAUACGUGUCCGAGGGUCAUCUUUGCUUCAGUAGUAAUAUCCUUGGCUGGACAACAACGUUGGUUAUGAGCUUUGAUGAAAUCGUGUCUAUGGAGAAGCGAAGCACCGCUCUUGUAUUCAAAAACGGACUGAUGAUAUCGACACUGCACGCCAAACAUAUUUUUGCCAGUUUUACAAGCAGAGAUGCUACAUAUGACCUUAUUGUGAAUAUUUGGAAACUGGGCCACCCAACUCUACGAAGCACAUUGAACGGCGUCCAGUUGGAAGGAACCGGUGGGGACAAGACAGAAAAGGUGCAAGAACAGCAAGAAGCGGUGGAAGCGGAGCCACCGAAGUCCGGAUCCGAGGAAGAGACAGAAGACGACGAGGGCGAUGAAGACGAGUUCUACGAUGAGGAAGAACAUGAUGAAGCGCUGGAAACCCAGUCGACGGAUUUGACAGCCGCCGAGCCGGAGCCAGAGAAGCUCGUGACGCGCAGGGUGUCCGGCAUGACUGUCGUAAACGGCGUGUCUUCUGAAGCCCCCAAAGGUGCAUCUCCGCCGCCCGGCAGUGCCGUCGACUUCCCUGGGCCCUCGGCACAUGCGCCAACAGACUGCGGCGACUCCGCAGCCCACUACGACAAGGUCCUUGGUGACGAGACCAUUCCCGCGCCUCUCGGAAAAGUGUACAACCUCGUGUUUGGCCCCGGGUCCGUCACCUGGAUGAGCAGGUGGCUGUCAACGGAUCAAAAGUGCACCGAGAUUCAAAUGGAGGAUAAGAAGGGCCUCACGGCCGACAAUAACAGCCGCACGUUUACCUACAUCAAACCACUAAACGGUUCGAUCGGCCCGAAGCAGACGAAGUGUGUUGUGACGGAAAACAUGGACCAGAUGGACUUGGAGAAGGCCAUCAACCUCAGCGUGUCUACCCAAAAUCCAGAUGUGCCCUACGGCAACCUGUUUACUGUCAAGACUAAGUACUGCUUGUCAUGGGCCGAGAAUAACGCUACACGUAUCCAAGUCAACUGCACAGUGGAAUGGUCAGGCAAGUGCUGGCUGAAGGGAACCAUCGAGAAGAACGUCAACGACGGACAAGGGCAGUACUGCAAGGAGCUAUUUGCAUCACUCAAGUCUGCUGUGUCCUCGAGGGCUCGAUCCGGGACGGCCACGAACGGACUUGUCAAGGGCAAGAAGAAGCUGAAGAGGAGCAAGGCGUUACAGGCAGGAGCGGGCCUGGAAACCAUCAAGGGGAGCAAGUCAGAGGGCAGAAAACAAAGCUGGGGAGCUUUGGAGCCUGUUCGAAGCAUAAUCGAGCCAUGUGUCGAUGCGCUCCAGCCUGUACUCACGGGCAACGUCAUGUAUGGGUUGCUCGUGGGCCUCCUAGUGGCCAUGUGGUUUGGUUACGGGACUCCGCCCAAGGACAAGACGUCGUAUGGUCCAGAGGUGGGCUUCUACAGUCACCGCCGACAGGCUGCCUACGAGGAGAUGUGGCGGCGGCAAGAUUCUGAACUGUGGGAAUGGCUGGAGGAGCGCGUCGGUAUGGAGCGACUGAGCUCGGACCAGGCAAGCGGGCGUAGGCGUGCCAUGGAGCACCGGACGGUGGAGGAGAAGUUGCGCGAGGAGCGGAUGGACGAAGGCGAAAUUCAAGAAGCCAUUCGCGUGACGGAAGAAAAACUGCGGGUAUUGCGAGAGGUUGUUGGAAAAGGCCAUGGAAGCUCAAAGUAA